AUGCACUAUGGUAAUGGUCAAACUUUUUCAAACUCUCAGGUUGACUUCAUCACAAGCCUCAAGGUUCGCAUAGCGGUUUUGGAGAACGAUCUCGCUCAUGCUACAAAAGACAAGGAUGAAGCUAUCAAGAGCUCAGUGAUUAUUGCUAGAGCCUUGGGUAAUGUUUCCAAUAAUUCGGAGCUAAUUGCAAAGAAUUUAAGGGAUCCUGAUACUGGGGAAUUGGAAGAGCUACGGAUAGAGGUGAAGAAAUUGAGAAAGGAGAAUGUGGUGCUUUUGGGUCGACUUGAAGACGGUAGCUUAACCGUCCCAGGAGGAUAUCCGACCUUCCCCUCAACUCCCAAAAAACGAAACAUCAAGAAUUUCAAUACUCUUGAUGAUGUCCUCAGCUCCGACGAAGAAGAAGAACCAGUCAAAAUCGAAGAUCAAAUUCUCUAUCAAGAACGUGCCGACGCUAACUUCAUCAACAUUCCCACUCCCGCAAUUCUCAAAUCUGGAUUUGAAUUCUCUCCUGAGAAAGCUGUUCGUGGUGAUAAUUAUGCUAAUCGUGGAUAUACUAAUCGUGAUAACUAUUAUGCACGUUUCAACAAUCGCAAUGCACCCAAUGGACCAAGAUCUUCCGAGUUUCCCCCAGAUAUGAGCGAAGGUACGAGUAUCUGGGCUACACCACAACAGAGAGAUGAUGAAAUUAACACUCACAUGCGAGCUUCUGAUUCGAGAGAACACAAAUUCCCUGAUUAUUUCAGAUAUGGAGUGGUUUAUGUUCCCAAGGCAGAUGAUCAUGAUACCUUGCGUGGGGUACAUAUUGGUGGACUCCCAAAGGAUAUCGAUUUGAGAGAUGUACUUGCUCGUGUUCGAGGUGGGAGAAUUUAUUCAUCGGUUUUACUGGACACGAUGAAUAUUUUGGGGAGUAACUCUGCGCUCAUCACGUUUAUUAAUCAGGCGGAUGCGGAGGCUUAUGUCGAAUAUGCCAAUGCUCAUCCUAUCACUUUCGGUACAUCGGACUGUGAGGAGGAAAAUGUAGCCAAGGCAAUUAUCACUCAUCUCCAUACCCCUACAUUCCCCUUCUGUCCUGCAAAAAUCAAGGCAAUUUUUGAGUUCAAUCGUACCCGUAUCCUCACAAUCCGCAAUUUCCCUCAAAAUAUCUCGCUUCGAGGUCUCGAGAGCGACUUAGCUGGCAGAAAUGCGUUUAAGUCGAAUAGUUUGUUGGAAUGGUAUAUUGAUGAAGAGGGAACUCUCCGAAUGGAAUUUGCAAGUAUGGAUGAGGCAGGUAGUGCGUUUGGACUGUUUUCUAGUUCAAGGGGUUAUAAGGAUUUCAGAUUGAUGUUGCAAUUUGAGCGAGAUAGCUGUGAAGGGGAGUUGGAGGAAUUGGAGAAAGAGCCUGAGAAGAGAAAACCUAUGUUUCCGAGGACGGAAUUUGGGGCUAGAGGUGGGAGAUUUGUAAGUGAUGGAGUUGAUGGAUUGGGAGAUAAUAGGCCGGUCGGAAAAUUUGGUUGCCGCACUGAAGAGGCUACGAAGUUGAAUAACAGCAAAUGUCCCGAAGAGAUUGAAACUUCCGAACUUGAGGCACAACACAAAGGUUCAAGCACAGAGUCCACAUCUAUAUGCAUCGAAACACCAUCCGAUGCCCCUGAAAAAGAUGAAGACCCCAAUUUCGUCACCCCAAAACGCGGACCUCAAAUCAUCACCGGAAAGCAAUGGCUUCUCGAAACUGCCUCCGCAAAAGCAUUUGCACAUGCAUCUCAACCCACAUCCACAUCCAAAUCUACAAUACCAAACGCCACGGCACUCAUACCCGACACACCCACCUCCAGCAACUCCACCCCCAGACCCCGUCUUACCAUCUCAACCACAUCACUCCCCCCCAUAAACACAAAUAAAUCUAAAUCCCCAGAUCCCAGUUCCGCAGAAUAUAGCAUUCAUUCUUUUGCUUCUUCUGCUGUUUCUGUCGAUGAUGAUGAUGAUGGGGAUGGGGAUGAUCUGCCUGGAUCUUUUCCUCCCAAGAGCCAAGCUCAAGUCCCAGCUCCAGCCCCAGCUCCGGUUCAAAUGAAACCUACAAAAAAUGUCGCGGCUAAUUUUGGAGGACCGCUUGUUUCUGCGACUCAGUCUACACAAUCUAUUCAUUCAAAUGCGUCGAAUUCUGCGAUCCAAACCCUUGGAAUCUUCAGAAAUAAUUUGGCAAUCGGAAAUGCGGAUACGAAUGUAUAUUUUGUUCCGGGUGCAGAUACCGAGAAAGCUAUUUUGGAUAGCGAGGUUAGUAGUCAGAGAGGUGGUAAUUGUGAUCUUGAUCUUGAUCAUGAUCAUGAGAAGAAUGAGGGUUUAGGGAAAGUUCCGAGGGGUGUUUGUGAGGGUUUUUGUGGAGGGGAGGAAGGUGGAAUUGAAGAGAAGAGAGAUAUGGAGGGGAGUGGGAAGAUGGAGGAGAAUGAGAAGAUGAAGAUGAAGAAUAAGAUUAAUCCUGAUGAAAUUGAUCUUGGGUUUGAAUCUGAUGGGGAUGCGGAUGGGGAUGAAAGUGAGAAUGAAGGACUUUUUCAAAAGGAGUUGAUGGGUAAGACUACAGAUCAUUUGAAUGCGGAGAAGAUUUCAGGUAAUACUAAGGGUUCUGGUGGUCAUUAA